AGCGAGAUGAUGAAGGGGACGUCAUCGUUUGGAAAGCGUCGCAACAAGACGCACACGCUGUGCCGCCGCUGCGGCUCUAAGGCCUACCACCUUCAGAAGUCGACGUGUGGCAAAUGCGGCUAUCCUGCCAAGCGCAAGAGAAAGUAUAACUGGAGUGCCAAGGCUAAAAGACGAAAUACCACUGGGACUGGUCGGAUGAGGCACCUAAAAAUUGUAUACCGCAGAUUCAGGCAUGGAUUCCGUGAAGGAACAACACCUAAACCCAAGAGGGCAGCCGUUGCAGCAUCCAGUUCAUCUUGAGAAUUUCAACAAUUAGUCAAGCAAUAAAUACUCUGGUUACAAAA